AAUCGCUGCCCGGAUGGAGGAUUUACAUCACCAACAAACCGCACGAAAUGCUUCAAAUUUAAUGUGGCAAAAGAAAAUUUCUUCGAAGCGUUAGCCACGUGUCACGGUGCAGAAGACGAGCCGCAAGCAUACCUCGCAUCGAUUUCGAACGUUAUCGAAGACAACGCUUUGAGAGCGUUUGCACUUGGUUUUGGUAACGAACAGUUUGUUUGGAUCGGGCUGAAGGAUUUCUAUGAGAACGGUGAGUGGAGUUGGGAUCACGAUUCGAAUACAUUCAGAAGAUGGUCACCAGGUAUGCGAGACCGAUUCAUGAAAGCUGAAUCAUUUGAAGUCAUUAUCGUUGUUCCUCUUAUCAUUAUCACUACUCGUAUUGCUACAAUCAGUAAUUGCUACCAGCAGCAUUGUGCCAUUGUCAUUGUUAUUGCUGAUAUUACCAGUCUCGGUCUCACCUUCAAUCGGGAACAUUUUUCAUGGUGA